GGCCGUUGUUUCUGUAAGCGCUGUGGAGUUUGCAGAGGACAUUUUCUGGCAUAAAAAGUCUCCUGAACGAGUUUAAAAGCAGAGUCGAAGAAGAAAGACUGUCCAGACGUUAUUUUGGAUGCCGCGUUUAAAGAAAACCCAAGAAGCGACCCAAAUGGCUGUCCAGCGAAAGAAACUUGUGGUUGUCGGGGACGGCGCUUGUGGUAAAACGUGUCUCCUGAUCGUUUUCAGCAAGGACGAGUUUCCCGAGGUCUACGUCCCGACUGUGUUUGAAACCUACGUGGCCGACAUUGAGGUUGACAACCAGCAGGUCCAGCUGGCUCUGUGGGACACGGCCGGACAGGAGGACUACGACCGACUGCGCCCUCUCUCCUACCCGGACACUGAUGUCAUCCUCAUGUGCUACUCCGUGGACAGCCCGGACUCGUUGGGGAACAUCUCCGAAAAGUGGGUCCCUGAGGUCAAGCACUUUUGUCCGAACGUGCCAAUCAUUUUGGUGGCCAACAAGAAAGAUCUGCGCAACGACGAGAACACGAAGAACGACCUCUCCCGGAUGAAACUAGAGCCCGUGAAGGCGGAGGACGGCCGUGCGAUGGCCAUGCGCAUCGGCGCGUACGACUACUUGGAGUGCUCCGCCAGGACCAAAGAGGGCAUCUGGGAGGUGUUCGAGACCGCAACACGGGCUACCCUCCAGAAACGCUCCACAGCGGGGGAUUGCUUCAAAUGCUGUGUGAUGCUGUGAGUCAACUGUGGAUUACAAGGUCUGGAGGACCUUUGCAGCAUACAAGACGUUCCCUUCCGCUGGGGGUCUGUGUUUGGACGUGCCUUCAGCUGAACCAAAACCAAUGACUGCAAACGCAUUGUUCACAGCACGCUUGCAUGUGGGUGUUGGUGUGUUACACACUGGUUUGAGCGUCUUCAUUCUGGGUCACAUGAUCCUAGUCGAUUCGAAAAACAACAAAGCAACAUAUUGUUUCAUUAUAUUUGGAGAAGUUUAUCCUCUGCUCACUGAGUGUGGCCUUACCUGAAGCUGGCUUGCAAGCAAAGACCGUUACUGAUCUAUUUUUUAAUUUUUUUUAUUACAUUAACUGUUUCACCAAAAAUCUGCACUCUAAUUUAUGUUUGGUGUUGCAACAUAUCUGCAUCGAGUUUGUAAAAUUGCACAUCACCAUAAUCCUUAUAAUUCAGAGAAAUUCAUAUGGUAUUCUGUAUAGUGAUUCUAGUUUUUAUGUUGGUUUGGGUUUAUUUUUUUCCAUUUAAAAUCAGUGUUUUUGAUGUAGGCAGGGUGACUGUAGGACAGGGUGGGUGAGGCACACAAGCAGCAGCUAAAUGUCUUGAAGACGUUUCUGUUGCUUUUGUUAAAGAAGGAUUAGCAUGUCUUGCUGCUGAGAAUAGGUAGACUGUUUUACGUGAUUUAUGCAGAAUUGCACUGCAUUUUGUCCCGGAAUUUAAAUUAUUUCACAUAUCUUAAGCAGCUUUGGGGUCACACCUAAACUUUCUAAAGAGUUAAUAGAAAUUUAUUUUACUUUUCAUAAAAUUGUAGUUCUUGGUGGUCAAAUUGACCAGUUUGUAUUACUCUUGGGUGUAUUAGAUUGCACAGCCAGGUUUUGUGGUACUAAACAAAAAUGUUUUAACACUAUCAAACUAAAAUCUAAAAUGUACUUGCUAGCCAGCUCACAACUAGUUUGUCUCUUCUGCAAGUGUGAGAAAAAGUAUAGUAACCUGCUUUAGCAGGAGUUUGUAGAAAAACAUGUAAGGUAGGGACGGCUUUGCUUUACUCUUGGUUUUUACAGCCAGUGCACUUUGUCUGAAGUCAAUUCAAGAGGACUGAAUUAUAGGAAAGUACUGACAAAUUUUGGUGGGUUUAGGUGUGUGUGAAUUUUCUCUUGUUAGUUUUUUGUAAAAAAUUUUUAAUACCCUGACAUCAGUAACUGAUCCAUGCUUAGUUCAGCAAGUGUUGCCUUACAGCUUACUUGGCCAAAGGUCUUUUAAAGCACAUACAGUACAUGAAGGAGCUACUUCAGAGGGUUUAAUGUCUUUUCACCUCUCCAUAUCUUUGUAUUUAUUGCUGUUCAAUCCCAUUCUACUUCAAUUUAAUUUAGACAAAUGUUAUAUUUCUAAGGGCCUUAUGUCACAGAAUGUUUCCAUUAAUUCUGGUUCUGAUAUGCAUUUGUUCUGACUGACUAAUGAAAUAUGACAGAUUAUGAUCCCUGGUCAGAUCAAAAUACCAGAAAGUGACUUCAUGUGAGAAUUAAUUUAUUUAGGUUGAGGAACCAACUUUUGUUUAAGUAAAUCAUAAUAGUGUCAAAACUUUUUAGAGCUUGACAGUAUAUUGUACUAUAAUUGUGAUCGCCUUACUAGUUAGUGUAUGCGAUGGUGUUUAGAUAAACUAAUUGGCAGGCAGUAUUAUUUCAAGUGUUAAAUAUUUAUGUUGUGCUUUUUGAUGAGUAUUUUUUUAUUGGGUAGCUUGAAUUGAGUUUUUAUUCUUGCACUCCACAAAAUCUUAAUAAUUCAGACACUGCAGCUUUAGCGGUUGAAGGUGAUGAUGGGAAACAAUGUGGAAAGUGAGAAAAAUGUGUUUCUGUGUUCCUUUAAUAAUAAUUUGAUUUCAGAUGUACCUAUUGCCACGAAGCUCUACUUUAAAUUGUUAGUUGCCAAAGCAGGUACGAUCGAUGCCCCUGGCAUGUUUGUCUAAUAGUUCUUAUGCAGCAUCGUUGGAAAAAACAAUUCCAUCAUGUUCCUGAAAAAAGGGCAAAAUACCUGACUCUUUCCAAACUGUUCUGUAAAGGGCUGUCAAGUUUACAGUAAUACCAUCAGAUUUUGGUCAUUGAUUAUUCGGUACAUAAUCCUGUUACUUUACAGUACAAUUAAACUAAGUUAUAUGUACAGUAGCUGAAGCCAAGCUUUUCAGAGUGAUUAUUCUGAUACUUUCCUACUUAGGAACUACUAUGAUGAUUUGGUAUCUUGUAAGGGCACUUUUUUUUUGAUAGUCACAGAAAUCCAGUUUUGUUUUUUUGUGGGGCAAGGAGGGUUUAGAUAAAUAGUAUUUUACAUUAACAAAGCACUUCAGUGUAUCAGUUUGUGUUUUUCAAGACUGAUGAUAUUUUCUCUGGUAACAUUAGCCUGUACAAAGGUGUCAAAAUUAAAUGUGAAUCUACAGACCUGCUGUAACACUUAAGCUGCAUCAGGAGUAUUUUAAGUCACUAAAUACAAAUCUAAAUAUGCGACUAUGAAUGUAAUUCAAAUUUACUUGGUUAGAAAGCUCAUGGGAUAGAAUUUAAUGUAUCUGGGUUAAUCUUUGGUGGUUGUGAAAUAAGUUCAGCUCAUCUCUUGCUCCACAUGUUGUGUAACGUCCUCUUGUGUGGUCAUGGGAGUUCUUGUUCAAAUAAAAGCUUUUUACAUUGAUUACUGACACUGUUACUGUUCUGGUGAUUCAGGAAAUUUCUCUUCGUGUUUUUUACGACAUAUUUAGGUUUGUGAAACGCAUCUUAUUUCUGCUGAUGAGAAAUCAUCAGCAUGUUCCAGGAUUUAAGCAAGUGAGUGUUUUCUGAAUCUACCCAGAGACACGACAGUGUGAAAGUCACAUUCCCGGCUGUCUUCUGUUGCUGGGCUUUCUGCUGACCUACACAACAGGAAUGCAUUGUGCUGAACUGCUUGAUUUUCCCACAAUGGCCCCCCUGAUGUGCCUCUGAUUUACAGCAACGUUACACAGAUCGAAUUCUGCAGGUUUUUCUAAUCUUUAUUUUUGCUAAAAUGUGGAGAAGGACAACAGUGACUGUGUGAGAUGUUUCUAUUUAUGGGUAUUUGUUGUACUAGAAUGAUACGCUGGAAAUAUUGUGAGGAGAAAAUGGUGCUUGUUAAGAAGGAAAGAGUGGGAAUCUAAAUAAAGUGAUUUUUCAUGAA